AGGCGCGUCCCAACGGUUCCCGCGGCUCUUCGAACUCGCUUGGGUUCCUUCGUUCUCCUUUUGGUGUGUUUGAGGCUUCCACGCCGUGGCCCGGGAGAGGGUCCGAGGCCUCCGAGCGCAGACGUGUCGCGCGGCCCUGCGGUGGGCCUGUCCCCAGCUGCGACUUGGGUGGGGUCUAGAGAUGCUGACUAGAUAAAGCAGGAUGGAAACCUGAUCAUUGAAUUUUGUUGGGGAAGUUUGAACAGAAACAUUUGUGGAAACAAAGAGGAAAGAGGAUAAAAACAGUUUGUCUGCUAAGAUUACAGAGAAUAUUUAAUUUCCUGCCCCAACUUUUUCCAAUAAGAAAUGGCAUCUAGUUCAUCAGACUACUGUAAUAAAGACAAUGAAGAAGAAAGUUUGCUUGCAAAUGUUGCUUCCUUAAGACAUGAACUGAAGAUAACAGAAUGGAGCUUGCAGAAUUUAGGAGAAGAAUUAUCCAGUGUUAGUCCAAGUGAAAAUUCUGAUUAUACCUCUAAUCCCUCAAGGACCGAAAGGCUCAUUUUGGAAGAUCUUGUUCAGCCUAGCCACCCAGGACUUUCGAACUACUCAUCUUAUAAAAAACUUUGUAAAAUGUCUGGUAGUAGUACUGAAUUUCAAAAAAGUGCAAGAGAUAAGAUGUCUUUUUCAUCUCCUGUGGAUCAAGAAAUUAAAAGUCUUCGAGAGAAACUUAAUAAACUUAGGCAACAAAAUGCUUGUUUGGUCACACAGAAUCAUUCUUUAAUGACUAAAAUAGAAUCAAUCCACUUUGAAUUAACACAGUCAAAAGCAAAAAUUUCAGUGCUUGAGUCUGCUCAGCAACAGGCAGCCAAUAUCCCAAUAUUAGAGGAACAGAUUAUAAAUUUAGAAGCAGAAGUUAAAGCUCAAGAUAAAGUUUUGAGAGAGGCAGAAGAUAAAUUAGAGCAGAGCCAGAAAAUGGUGAUUGAAAAGGAACACAGUUUGCAAGAGUCCAAAGAGGAAUGUAUAAAGUUGAAGGUAGACUUACUUGAACAAAGUAAACAAGGAAAAAGAGCUGAACGACAAAGAAAUGAAGCACUAUAUAAUGCCGAGGAGCUGAGUAAAGCUUUCCAACAAUACAAGGAAAAAGUGGCUGAAAAAUUGGAAAAGGUUCAAACUGAAGAAGAAAUAUUAGAAAAAAAUCUAGUUAACUGUGAAAAAGAAAAUAAAAGGCUACAAGAAAAGUGUGGUCUAUAUAAAAGUGAACUUGAAAUUCUGAAGGAAAAAUUAAGGUACAGUAUUGCAGAAAAAAAUUUUUGUUUAAAAAGAGAAAUACUUGGUUUUAAAUCAUCCAUUUCUAAGCACCAGAUGAGUAGUUUGUCAAACAAAGAAGACAAUUGCAUUGGCUGCUGUGAGGCAAAUAAAUUGGUGAUUUCAGAAUUGAGGAUUAAGCUUGCAAUAAAAGAGGCAGAGAUUCAAAAGCUUCAUGCAAAUCUGACUGCAAACCAGUUAUCUCAGAACAUUAUUUGUAAGAAUAGCCAAGAAAGUGGCAAGUUGACUACUUUAGAAACAGAACCUGUAAAACUAGGUGGUAGUCAAGCUGAAAUUAUAAAAGACCGCAAUCAACAGACUAUGAACAAGCAAUAUGAAAGAGAAAGGCAAAGACUUGCUACUGGAAUAGAAGAAUUACGUACUAAGCUGAUGCAAAUAGAAGCUGAGAAUUCUGAUCUGAAGGUUAACAUGGCUCACAGAACUAGUCAAUUUCAACUGAUUCAAGAGGAGCUUCUAGAGAAAGCUUCAAACUCUACCAAACUAGAAAGUGAAAUGACAAAGAAAUGCUCUCAGCUUUUAACUCUAGAGAAACAGUUAGAAGAAAAAAUAGUUGCUUAUUCAUCAGCUGCUGCAAAAAAUGCAGAACUUGAACAGGAACUUAUGGAAAAGAAUGAAAAGAUAAGGAGUCUAGAAACCAAUAUCAAUACAGAGCAUGAGAAAAUUUGCUUAGCCUUUGAAAAAGCAAAGAAAAUUCAUCUUGAACAACAUAAAGAAAUGGAAAAACAGAUUGAAAGACUUGAAGCUCAACUAGAGAAAAAAGACCAACAAUUUAAAGAACAAGAAAAGACUAUGUCGAUGUUGCAACAAGAUAUAAUAUGUAAACAGCAUCAUCUUGAAUCACUAGAUAGACUCUUGACGGAAAGCAAAGGGGAAAUGGAAAAGGAAAAUAUGAAGAAAGAUGAAGCUUUGAAAGCAUUACAGAAUCAAGUAUCUGAAGAAACAAUCAAGGUUAGACAACUAGAUUCAGCAUUAGAAAUUUGUAAGGAAGAGCUUGCCUUGCAUUUGAAUCAAUUGGAAGGAAAUAAGGAAAAGUUUGAAAAACAGCUGAAGAAGAAAUCUGAAGAGGUAUACUGUUUGCAGAAAGAGCUAAAGAUAAAAAAUCACAGUCUUCAAGAGACCACUGAGCAAAAUGUUAUUCUACAGCAUACUCUUCAGCAACAGCAGCAAAUGUUACAGCAAGAGACAAUUAGAAAUGGAGAGCUAGAAGAUAUUCAGACUAAACUUGAAAAACAGGUAUCAAAGCUGGAACAAGAACUUCAAAAACAAAGAGAAAGUUCAGCUGAAAAGUUGAGAAAAAUGGAGGAAAAAUGUGAAACAGCUGCUCAUGAUGCAGAUUUGAAAAGGCAGAAAGUUAUUGAGCUUACUGGUACUUCCAGGCAAGUAAAGCUUGAGAUGGAUCAGUACAAAGAAGAACUGUCUAAAAUGGAAAAAGAAAUAAUGCACCUAAAACGAGAUGGAGAAAAUAAAGCCAUACAUCUCUCUCAAUUAGAUAUGAUCUUAGAUCAGACAAAGAUAGAACUAGAAAGGAAAACAAGUGCUGUGAAGGAGUUAGAGAAGUUACAACACCACACGGAAACUGAACUAACAGAAACUUUGCAGAAACGGGAAGCACUGGAGACUGAACUACACAAUGCUCAUGGAGAAUUAAAAAGUACUUUAAGACAACUGCAGGAAUUGAGAGAUGUACUACAGAAAGCUCAGUUAUCGUUGGAGGAAAAAUAUACUACCAUAAAGGAUCUCACAGCGGAACUUAGAGACUGUAAGAUGGAGAUUGAAGACAAAAAGCAAGAACUCCUUGAAAUGGAUCAGGCACUUAAGGAGAGAAAUUGGGAGCUAAAGCAAAGAGCAGCUCAGGUUACCCAUUUGGAUAUGACUAUUCGAGAACACAGAGGAGAAAUGGAACAAAAAAUAAUUAAAUUAGAGGGUAAUCUGCAGAAAUCGGAAUUGGAGCUUAAAGAUUGCAACAAACAGAUAGAAAAUUUAAAUGAAAAAUUGCAAAAUGCCAAAGAACAGCUUCGAGAGAAAGAGUUUGUAAUGCUACAAAAUGAACAGGAGAUAAGUCAACUGAAAAAGGAAACUGAAAGAACAAAUCAAAGAUUGAAAGAAAUGGAGAGUGUUAUGAAAGAUCAGGAACAGUAUAUUGCUACUCAGUACAAGGAGAGCAUAGAUUUGGGGCAAGAAUUGAGGCUGACUAAGGAGCAGAAGCAAACGUCUCAAACAGAAUUGGUGGAGGCUCGUCGUCAACAAGUCCAAGCACAGAGAGAAAUAGAAAGGCUCUCCAGUGAACUAGAAGAUAUAAAGCAAAUCUCUAAAGAGAAAGAAGCACAUGAAAUUCACUUAGUUGAAGAAUUGGGGGCUUCUCAAGUACGUGAAGCUCAUUUAGAAGCAAGAAUGCAAGCAGAAAUCAAGAAAUUGUCAGCAGAAGUAGAAUCCCUCAAAGAAGCUUAUCAUUUGGAGAUGAUUUCACAUCAGGAGAACCAUACAAAGUGGAAAAUAUCUGCUGACUCUCAAAAGACUUCUGUUCAGCAGCUAAAUGAACAAUUAGAGAAGGCAAAACUGGAAUUAGAAGAAGCUCAAGACACUGUGAGCAAUUUACAUCAACAAGUUCAAGAUAGGAAUGAAGUAAUUGAAGCUGCAAAUGAAGCAUUACUUAUUAAAGAAUCAGAAUUAACCAGAUUACAAGCUAGAGUUUCUGGACAUGAAAAGGUAGAAGACAUCAAGUUUCUACCAGCUCCCUUUACACCUCUACCAGAAAUUAUGCCUGAUAAUCAAGACCCAAAGUUUACUAAACAUUCUCACACAUCUGUUUUCAAGUGCAGAAAACUACGUCGCUCUAUUAGUGCCAGUGAUCUUAGUUUCAAAUCUCAUGGUAAUGAAGAUCUUUCUGAAGAAUUACUACAGGACUUAAAGAAAAUGCAAUUAGAACAGCCUUCAACAUUAGAAGAAAGCCAUAAGGAACUGACUUAUACCCAGUCAGACUCAUUUAAAUCUCACACAUAUACCAUAGAGGAUGAUAGUUCUGAGAGUAAUGAUUUUACUACUCUUAGUGGGAUGCUGAGAUACAUAAACAAAGAAGUGAGACUAUUAAAAAAAUCUUCUAUGCAAACAGGUGCUGGUUUAACUCAGGGAGAAAACUUGUAAUUAAAAGAAGAUGUCGUGAUGAAAAAAGUGGAAUUGUUGAGCUGGAAUUGCCUGCAACCAAACUUCAACCAUGUGGAUGAGGAAAACACCAUAGGCGAAAAACAAAAUAAAAGGAACGUG